UUCACAAGUCAAGUAUUUCAGUUUCUUCCACGAAGAUGCUACUCUUCUCUUCCGUUGAACCCAACUCAUAAAUAAGCAUGGGAAGCUAGCAAACGAGAAUUAAGCUACAAUGGUUCCUCUUGAUCUUGUGUUGCUUGUGUUCCCCUUGUUCUUCCUGUUGUUAUGGCCAGCGGCGGCGGUAACAUCAUCAACGUUUCCAAUUGCAAAGCCCGGCUGUUCGGAUAAAUGUGGUAAUAUCGCAGUUCCCUACCCUUUUGGCUUCGGAGCUAAAGAGUGUUACAAAGAUGAAAGUUUUCGGGUAACUUGCGACAUCAGCUACAAACCACCAAGACUGUUCACAAGUUGGGACUUUGAGGUUCUAAAUAUUUCAUGGCAAGGCGAGAUGCGUGUUUUGGCUAAUGUAACUUAUAGUUGCCACAACAAGUUAGGCUUCUACCCCUUUGUGAAAAUGCCUACCGACUCUUUAAUGUUUUCUGAAACAGAGAACAAAUUCACGGUUGUGGGUUGCGACGCCAUGGCUUCCAUUCACGGUUCCAAUGGCCAGUGGCAUUUCACCGGUGGUAGUUGCAGCACUUCUUGCACCAACCCAUCUGAUAUGAUCAAUGGAUCAUGUGCUGAAAACGGCUGUUGCCAGACCUCAAUUCCAAAGGGAAUGAGUGAGUACUCUAUAGCUAUCAGCAGAAUCGGCAGCGUCGGGAAUAUCAACCGCACCGAUGAUUUCAAUCCCUGCAGUUAUGCUUUCAUAGUUGAUAAGAACUGGUAUAACUUCUCUGUCUCUGAUCUCUAUAAUUUCACCAUCAAGAAUCAUGAAACAGGUAAUUUGCAAGUCCCAGUCGUCCUUAACUGGGUAGUAGAUACAAAGUCUUGUAAUGAAGCUACUCACACAUGCGACAGUAACAGCGUCUGUGGGGUCUCCAAGAACAGUGUUGGAUACAGCUGCAACUGUUCCCAAGGUUACCAAGGGAACCCUUACCUUUCACGCGGAUGCCAAGAUAUAAAUGAAUGUGCAGAUAGUCCCUGCAUUUCUACUUCGGUCUGUACCAAUCUGCCUGGGACGUACAAAUGCUCUUGCCCAACGGGUCAUUAUGGAGACGGGAAAAAAGAUGGAAGUGGAUGUAUUAUCAAGGCAUCAUACCGAGUGAUUCAAGUCGCCGUAGGUACUAUUUUGGGCUGUUUGUUUCUACUUAUUGGUAUCUUAUUGGUGCUCUGGGCACUUCGAAAAAGAAAGGACAACAAACUCAAGCAGAAAUUCUUCCAGCAAAAUGGAGGUUUCUUGUUGAAGCAACAAUUAUCUUCCCGUGAAGGAUGUAUUGAAGCUGUAAAAAUAUUUACUGCAAAAGAACUAAAGCAAGCAACUAACAAUUAUGCUCAAAGCCAGAUCCUUGGUCGAGGAGGCAAUGGGACAGUAUAUAAAGGAAUUCUGCCUAAUCAUAGAACUGUUGCCAUUAAGAAAUCAAGGAAGGUUGAUGAAAGUCAGGUGGAGCAAUUCAUAAACGAGGUGGUUAUUCUCUCCCAAAUCAACCAUAGAAAUAUUGUAAAGCUAUUGGGUUGUUGCUUAGAGACUGAAGUUCCUACAUUAGUCUAUGAAUUUGUCACCAACAAAACCUUAUUCCAUCAUAUCCAUAGUGAGGGAUGCAAUUCUCCAAUUUCAUGGGAUAAUCGUAUAAGGAUAGCUGCAGAAAUAGCAGAGGCACUCACUUAUUUGCAUUCUGCAGCUUCGCCACCUAUCAUUCACAGAGAUAUUAAAUCUGCAAACAUACUCUUGGACGAUAAUUAUACUGCAAAGGUGUCAGACUUUGGUGCAUCAAAGUUGGUUCCUUUAGACUAUACUCAAAUUAGUACACUAGUGCAAGGAACAUUGGGGUACUUAGAUCCAGAAUACCUUCGAUCAAGUCAACUCACAGAAAAAAGCGAUGUUUAUAGUUUUGGCGUAGUACUUGCAGAGCUAUUAACUGGGAAGAAGGCAGUCUACUAUGGUGGGCUUGAUGGAGAGACAAAUCUAGCCAUGCAUUUUGUCACCUCAGUCAAAGAAGAUAGGGUUUGGGAUAUUCUAGAUGAUCAGAUUAUGACUACAGGGGGCAAAGAGAAACUUCAGGUCGUCUUGAAGCUGGCAGAAAGAUGUUUAAGACUAAAAAGGGAAGAAAGGCCUACAAUGAAGGAAGUGGCAAUGGAGCUACAAGGGUUGAGGAGGAAUCAAAGCCACCCAUGGGUUGCACAAAAAUCUAAUGAGGUGGAAUGUCUACUUGUUGAACCAUUAGACUUGAAUAGUCGCAAUAUUGUCGAGUACAAUAGUAUGACUAAUGAAGCGCUAUUAUCAUUAGAUGGUGGCCGAUGAUUGUAGCUAUUAAUAUCAUUAGAAUCUUUCUUCCUUA